GGUAGCAACAUGCCACUGUGAAGUGGCAAGAAAAAGAAAGUAUACAUCGUUUUUAAUUAGUUCACAUUGUAAUUUGAUAAAAUGAGGUGGCUCAUUUUGUGUUUAUACUUAAGUUUUUUGAGUUCUAGUGCAAGUUGUUAUUUUAUUACUGUAGAUGCACAUGCGGAAGAAUGUUUUUUCGACAAUGUGGAAGCAGGCACGAAAAUGGGUCUAACAUUUGAAAUAGCAGAAGGUGGAUUUUUAGAUAUAGAUGUGAAAAUAAUUGGUCCUGAUGAAACAAUAAUCUAUCAUGGUAUUCAAGAGAGCAGUGGUAAAUAUACAUUUGCUGCACAUCUUCCGGGUAUUUAUACCUAUUGUUUUGGUAACCAAAAAAGUAGUAUGACACCCAAAGUUGUAAUGUUUAAUAUGGACAUUGGUGAAAAUCCAAAGCCUCUCGAACAAACUUCUGAUGGAAAAAAUGCUGAUAAUUCAAAUCAUAGUAAAAUAGAUGACAUGAUUAAAGAAUUAAGUACAAGUUUAUGGGGUGUGAAGAAUGAACAAGAAUAUAUGCAGGUUCGGGAUCGAAAUCAUAGAGCUAUCAGUGAAAGCACAAACUCUCGUGUAGUUGUGUGGGCAUUCUUUGAAGCUACAGUUUUGGUUUGUAUGACAGUAGGACAAAUUUUUUACCUCAUACGGUUCUUUGAAGUCAGGAGAGUUGUUUAAUA